UACACAACAGCCGCAGAGCAGUAUCGACAAACGUUCACAUUACAUUUAGACGUAAUAACUAUAGUGUCACUUCUCUUCUUAUAUUUUAAUAAUUAAACCAUUCAAAAUUUAAAUUUUGUUAGUUUUAGUCGUUUAAGUGUUAAGUGUAUUCGAUUAUUUAUUUAUAAUGUAUAGUGCAGUAUCAUUAUACGCAUUCUGAAGCAAUUACGUAAUGGGAAUUAUGCUAGAGAAGUUUAUAGUAUUGCCCUGAAAUUCAACAUGGCCGCUGACACAGGAAUGGAUACUUGCCCCAGUCCGGAAAUCACGGACUCCAGAAAACGACCCCUCGAUGGAGACUCGGAAAAUGGGGACGUCAAGAGGUCGCACUUUAGCUCUGUUCAAGACUUGGUGACGGCCUUGCCACUGGCUAACGGCCAUGGCAAUAUUACGUCUCAUUUCGCCGUGGAGCCGACGUACCACUUCAAGGUGCUGGUGCCUUCGAUAGUGGCCGGCGCUAUCAUCGGCAAAGGUGGCGAGACCAUCGCGCAACUGCAGAAGGAGACUGGGGCACGAGUCAAGAUGUCCAAGUCUCACGACUUUUAUCCUGGUACAACGGAGCGAGCUUGUUUGAUCACGGGCUCAGUGGACGGCAUCAUGGUCGUACUGGACUUCAUCAUGGAGAAGAUCAAAGAGAAGCCGGAGCUCGUGAAACCAUUCCCUGAAGGUGUAGAUGCAAAGAUGCCGCAAGAUAGAGACAAGCAGGUGAAAAUAUUGGUGCCGAACUCCACAGCGGGUAUGAUCAUCGGCAAGGGGGGCAACUACAUCAAGCAAAUUAAAGAACAGAGCGGUAGCUACGUCCAGAUCUCGCAGAAGGCCAAAGAGCUGUCCCUUCAAGAGAGGUGCAUCACCGUAGUUGGCGAAAAAGAGAACAACAAGAAGGCCUGCCUGAUGAUACUGCAGAAGGUGGUGGACGACCCGCAGUCCGGCUCGUGCCCGAACGUGUCGUACGCGGACGUGGCCGGGCCCGUCGCCAACUACAACCCGACGGGCUCGCCCUACGCCGUGCCCACGACCGAGGUGACCGAGAGCCACGGGCUGGUGGGCGGCGGCUCCGUGGGCGGCGUCGGCGGCGUGGGCGGCGUGGGCGGCGUGGGCUCCGUGCUGCUGAACGGCUCGGGGCUGGGCGCGCUGUCGCUGUCGCUGUCGCUGGCGCCGCCCGGCACGCCGCCGCCGUCGCCGCUGACGCAGCACACGCUGGACCACAUCAAGGUGGCGCUGCGGCAGGCCGGCUACUCGGAGGCCGGCACGUCGGAGAUCGGCGCGGCGCUGGCGCUGCUCGUGAAGCACGGCGUGCUGGGCCUGGCGCUGCCCGCCGCGCUGCCCGCGCCGCUGUCCACGGCCUACUUCCCGCUGCAGCCGCAGGACUCGCCCGCCGUGUUCGGCCCGCUCGCGCAGGUGCAGCUCGGUGACGCGUCCGCAGGCGGCGCGCGCGGCGGCUCCUUAGAGCGUUUCGCGGAGGUUGCAUUCGAGGCGCUUCGCCCCCCAGCCGUGGCGCCCAUCUCGCUGUCGGGCGGAGUGGGCUUCCCCUCGGCCGGCUUGCUGCCGCUCUCCAAGAGCCCCACGCCGGCCGACGCGGGGGCCAAGGACUCCAAGAAUGUGGAGAUCGCCGAGGUCAUCGUCGGGGCCAUCUUGGGCCCCGGCGGUCGCAGCCUCGUCGAGAUCCAGCAGAUGUCGGGCGCGAACAUCCAAAUCUCCAAGAAGGGGACGUUCGCGCCGGGCACGCGCAACCGCAUCGUCACCAUCACCGGCACGCAGACCGCCAUCAGCAACGCGCAGUACCUCAUCGAGCAGAAGAUCCAGGAAGAGGAGCUGAAGCGUACGCGCCACAACGCCAUCUCGGGCCUCAUGCAGUAGCCGCCCCCCCCUCUAGUCACGCGCGCCGCCUGCGCGGUUACCUGGUACAUAGUCUUAUGUAUAUUGAUUUUACGCAUGUAUAGAUUUAGUGUUGCAAGUGUUAUUGCUAUUUACGUGUCGGAGUCGAUACAUUGUGAUAAUAUCCUAUCACGGAAAUUCCUAUUCCAUACACGUUUUUAUUUUUAUAUCGUUCACCGAGUACGUUUUAUUUACGAAGUUGAUUUCAUUGUAAAUGUUACCAUUGAUAAGUUAUUAUUUUUUUUAGUAUACUUGACGUAAUUAGAGAUAAAUUUGAGUGUUGUUGUAUCGGUGAGUGGCGACUUAACCAAAGUUGGUGUUUAAUUUUAACUCUCUCGACAUUUAAAUUCUAUGUAAUGUGCAAUGAAAUAUUAUUCGUUGAAUUUAUUUUUAAACCGUCGACACGAACGCGUCUCGGAUCUUUGUUAAGAGAUUGUUUUCAUUCCUGUUUUCUCGCGUUAAAGAUCUUUAUUUUUUAUACGUUUUUAAUAUAUUAUUUCACGUAGUCGUUCGUCUCUUCGUCGGUCUAAAUUUUUCGUCUUAAAAUAUAAGUACAAUUUUAAUAAUAAAAGAUGCAUGUCCAUAAUAGUAGAGAAGUUAUAUAUUUUAAAAGUUUUAAUGCAGAUUUCUAUAUAUUAUUCGAGAAGACAAUAUUAAAUAUUCUUAUUUACAGUUGUGAUCUAAUUAAAACGAUAGUUUAUUUUUGAGCGCCACGGCUCGUUCGGGACGUGGGCUCCGUCUCCGUAGAGAUAAUGAACAUAAUAAUAUAAGCUGUGAUUGUUUUAUUUUCGACAUUGUCAAGGUACUUCGUGUCGGUUACGACUUAGCGUAGUUCCGAGGUCACGAAACAUCCUUCGGAUAAUAGUUUUAGUUGUUCGCUUACCUCAGAAGUGCCAUCGACGUAGAUAGAAGGAUAGGAACCGUAUUCCGGUCCCACGUUGGGCGCCAAUUUUGAGCAAUGCAUAUUGGUUUUAGCAUCAUCAGUUUCGGUUUCCAGGGAGUCGUGUUCGAAAAUAAAAGAGAUAGGAUGUAGUUCAAGUUUACUAAGUAGAUCGCCUGCUUUGGUCGGUCUGAAAAUUUUUUCAGGGUUCGUCAGAAACCGACGCUGAUGAUGUCCUCCGGCGCCGAUCACCUAUCAGAAAGGAAUGAAGUACAAAUGAAUAUUAACACAUAAUAAAUAUAUACGAAUCGGCUUAAAACUAUUGCAUAGUUCAUAAGUGAAGGAAUUGAGAGAUGUUUCUCAGUUUGGAAGUCGUAACGAAACGACGCAGACGUUAGUGACGCCGUGACCUCAUACAAACGUGAUUGAGAAAUAUAAAUAAUUAUAUUGUUGUAUCUUAGCAACUUUCCAACGACAUCUCGAUAACAAGUUGUGGUUGUUACUGGUGUAAUAUUAUACGUGUGUUAUGUAGGUAACAUUACAUCGUAGUUUCAUUAAAGUAGCUAGCCUAGUGUAUAUUCAAUCUUUAAAAAUGUAUUAUAGAUACGCUGUUCGAACUCUGGUGUUUUUCGACUUUCUCAUCUUACUAUAUGUAUAUUCGGGGGUAGGUACAGAUUUUGUCUCGUGUCAAUUAUGAGGUUUCACAUGUUCGCGACUCCGGACACACGAGACCGCCGGGGGGGACGCGGUCGCGAGCGUGCGAACCGACGCGUAUUGCCUGUUAAGUCGAUUUUACAAGCUCAAUUUUAUUGAAAUUUUUCUCGAUUAGUCAGUACGUGUAAGUGAUUACGUCAAUUAUUCGGAAACAAAGUGUCCGAUGUCGCUAUAGCGGGGUAGGCGUCGGUCCGGACACCGCGUCUGCGUCGCUGAGCGAGCGGACAUUCGGCGACGUUAGAACGACUCUUUCGUUUCGGGCAAGCUCUGGGGAGUAUCUUAUAGACGAGUAACUUAUCUUCGCAUCUACAUUACUUCUAAGUUUCAUCUUCCCUUCAUUGUUGUUUGAUUUGUUCUUUACAAUGUUUCCGACUAACCGAUAAAGACAUUCCAUCUGAUGUUUCUCUAUAUCUUCCGUAUAAUAAUAAGUAUAAAUCUUAUCGAAAGCUUUACACAGAUGUUAGAUUGUUGAAUUAUUAUAGAACUCUAGCCGUGUUGUUGUAUUCUCUCAAAGUACUAAUCCGAGAUGUAUUUACUGUAUUUUAAACUUAUCGCGAUUUCACUUUAAAACUUAAUAUUAUCAUAUAUAUUUAUACUAUUCGACAGGGACACUGUAAAGAACAUCUCGAAGGUUUAAAGUUAUUGAUUCGAUUCUAGUUAGUUAAAUUAAUCAUAUUAAAGAUUAAAACAUUACAUGGGGGUAUGUAUAGAUAAUUUUAAUUAAAAUACUGGAAAAAAAAUGUUAACGUUGUUAUACUGAAGUUGUUACAAUAUUUGAGAGUAUAUUAUCGUGAAUAACAAAAUAAUAAUUCUUAGUGCGAUAACAUUAUCUGAAUUUAAAUUUUAUCGCGUGGAGAGAUAAUAAAUAGUGAAAAGUCGUCCCGACAUUCGCGUAACGAGCCAACAGAGCGACGCGUCUCGGCGCGGACGAAGACAAGAAUUAAUACUGUUUCUGUGAUACUGACAAUUAUGCGUGCUCGCACGCCGGCUCGGCUCACUCGGUCCACUCGGCCACUCGGCCCACUCGCACGCUUGUAGCCCAGUAGCAGCGCCCCGCCGCACCCCGCAGCCCCACGUCGGGCGCCACUCGCAACGGACGAAUCGUAGAGAAAGCACCGCGGUUGAGUCUGUUUAGUGUUGCUCGGUAGAUGUCGCGUAGAGCGCCCUUCGCCGCCGCUCCCCGGCGAUAUCUACCGCAGUUACGAGUAAGAGUUUUCGAUGUCGUAGGCUAAGGUAGCUAGUUAUCAUUCUUCGUAUUACACUUAACUGAAUUCGGAGUAGGAAUGUCGAGCCGGACGGGCGGCGACUCGGCGUCCGCGCCCCUCAUCCUCCUUUUAAUUUUAAUAGCUAAAUGUUGUUGAAUUUGUUGAUAGAGUGGUUUAUUGUAAUUACUAUGUAGUUAGUUUAGUGGGUAUACAAGUGAAGGUCGCAGCCGUCGGGCGCGCUAGGCUAGGCGAGGUUCGGUUCUGUCUGUAGGAACAUGGCUGUGCGUUCAAGUCGAACUCAACAUAGGACGGCCCGGCCGCCGCACGCGCGACGCUCGCUGUCUGUAUAUAAUUGCAUAACAUUCGUUUCAUUUACGUUUCUCCUUGCUCAUUGUCAUCAAUUUAUUAAAGACUGAGGAAUCAACUCGCGCAUAUUGACAUCGUCACGAACGCGUCCCAAACGGUAGGGAAUACUUGUAUAAUAUUGUUUCUUGUCAUUAAAUUGUUCACUCGGCUCGCGGAGUCGUCGCGUCGCGGCGGCGGGCCGGCGUCUCAUCACCUUUACACAUGUUGAGAUUGAUAUGUUAAACAAAUUCUAUUGAAUUGUACCUUGUUGCGUAUUAUAAGUAUGUAUAGACCGACUCGGUACGUUAUGUAUAUGAUAUGUUGAAACAUUUGUUGCUGUACAGGUUCAAUGAUGGAAUUAUAAUAUUUUAUUAUUAUUAUUUUUAUUUUUUUUUGUUAACUUGGUUUAUCGUAAACGGGUCUGCAAAUGUUAUUUACGAGAAAUUAAAUUUUAAUUAAGUUUUAAAAAUGCAAUGUUUUUGAAUUUAAAAUUCGCUAUAUUUUAGUCAAAAUGUAAUAAUUGUUUAGUUUGUAUCGUCGAAAUGAUUUUCUAAUUAUUGUUAUUUUGCAAUAUCGUAAAAGAUAAGAGGUCAAUAUGAAGGUUACAAUGUCUUAGUGUUAAAAGCUCGAAAACCAAUUAAAGGGUACCUUGAACAUUGUCUAUAAUUAUUAUAUUAACAUUAAAUAAAUGCAAAAUGAUAAAA